CAGUUGUAGAAGUGUGCAUCUUGGGUAUGUGGGCAUGUGUGUGUCCAUAUUAUGUAUACAUGUUCUAUCCUUUAUGCAUGUGGUGUGUGUGUGUGUCUGAGUCUGUGACUCCCUCCUGGGACUUUAAUGACUAAGAUGCGUUCUGUGUAUGUAUUUGUACAUUUCUGUGUGUGUGCAUGCCUAUUCCUGUAUUCUAUACAUCUGUCUUGUGGGAGUCUGAGCAUGUGUUUGGUCAUAUGUGUGUUGACAUGUUCUGUCCUGUAUGUAUGAGUGCGGAUGUUGUGUGCAUAUGUUUCUUUGUGAUUGUGUAGGUGUGUGUCCAAGACUGUCUCCUGGGAUUUUAAUAAUAGAAGUAUGCACCUCUCUGUGUGUAUAUUGGUGCAUAUGUGACACUUUGUGCUUCUGUGUGUGUGUGUUGGUGACUGUCUCUUAGAACUCCAGUGAUAGAAGUAUGUGUCUGUGUAUGUUUCUGCAUCUCUGUGUCAUUUUGUGUGUGUGUGUGUAUUUAUGUCAAUUCCUAGAGUGAGGCCCCAGCCUCCUGAGGCGUUCUCUUUGAGUCUCAUAGAGGACUAGAGACCUUGGUUUUUAUAUGCCCCGAGUUAAUGGCAAAGGAGUGCAGCUCCUUUGGGGUGUGCUGGAAUUUUUGUCUCUGGCUGAUCACUGAUCUUGCUUUCUUACCUCACCUCCAUAUCAUCCUUACCCCUUUCCACAUCUUCACCUAUCCACUUGGCCCCACCACUCUGCAACCCUGAUUCUCCCAUCCCACCCAUUCUUUCUCCCUCCCCCUUCUUCCUUACCCAUCUCUACAACUUCCAUGUCUGCUCCCACCCCCUCUCCCUCAGUCCUGGUCGCAGAGGUCAUCAAGUUUUACUUCCCCAAGAUGGUGGAGAUGCACAAUUAUGUUCCUGCUAACUCUCUCCAGCAGAAGCUGAGCAACUGGGGUCACCUGAACAGGAGCCAGUCCACCAUCCCUGUGUCUGCCCCCCAGGAAGGUGCUGAACAAAUUGAGCUUCUCUGUACCAGAUGACGUGAUGCACAAGAUUGCACAGUGUGCCCCAGGCGUGGUGGAGCUGGUGCUCAUUCCACUGAGGCAGUGCCUGGAGGAGCAGCAGAGGCGCAGGAAGCAGGGCACCAGCUCCUUACAGGAGGAGCUUUCCUCCUGUCCUUCCUUCCUGUGGGGGAAGGGGUGCGGGUGUGGAGAGGUGGAAGACAAGAAAACAGGGCUCCAUCAGGAUUACUCCUACACUUGCCUUGUCUCAGGUUUGUCCCAGAAGGCCCGAGGGGAAGGUGCUCCAGACCCCCAGGGAGGGGGGCAGCUCAGGGUGGGCCAGCUGCCUGUGCCCCGGCCUCUGGGGUAUAGCCAGGCGCUGCAGGGCGACCGAAGCUUCGUCCUCCAGAUUGCUGAAAAGGAGCAGGAGCUGUUGGCCUCGCAGGAGACUGUGCAGGUCCUGCAGAUGAAGGUGAGACGCUUGGAGCACCUGCUCCAGCUCAAGAACGUGCGCAUCGAAGACCUCUCCCGGCGGCUCCAGCAGGCGGAGCGUAAGCAGCGGAGAAUGGACUGCUUUCCAGAACCUAGAAGCCACAUGCAGAGACCUGGCAUGCACCUCAAAGCAGUGCCUGACACCAGAGGGGGUUCUGCCUUGGUGCUCCCUGUGCUGGGCCUUGGGGGGUGGUCCCCCAGCUCGGUCCGCACCCCUAGAACCCGGUCCCCGCCCAGCUCUGAUGACAGCAGCGUCUCCAUCCAGGCUAGUCCUCUGUGCCCUGGGCCAAAGGGGAAGCUGCCCCAGACCCCUGAGGGGCUUCCUUGCCCCUCCUGGGCACUCACCUGGGACCCAACUGGAGGCUGGAAAGUGCAACAGCUGAAGGGGUGAGGAGUGAGCUCAGCCAGGAGUGGGGAAGACAUGGGCUGUGUUUGUUCCAAUUGCCCUCCCCUCACAGGGGUUAUGUUAAGAAUGUCUGGGCUGCCCCCAUUAAAGGUAUGCUCUCCUUCCUGUGCCUGCCUUCUGUUCUCUGAGGGGGAUUUCCUGUCCCCCUUGUGCUACACCCCACCCCUUAAGUGAAAGAGCCUUGUGGGCCCAGAGUGGGUCUCAACUCGUGGGUAGCUGGGCCCUGAAGUGGCCACUGCUUGGUAGGUUGAUGAUACCACCAGGGGUUAGGUCUUGUGCGCUAGGACAGCCUGACUUCUAACUCUGGCCUUAGACUGACCCCCAAACCUAUCCUCACAGUGUCCUCCAACCCUGUCCAAACCCAACCACAAACCCAGGCUUCAGAUUCUCACCAAAUGUAGCCACAUAGUCACCCUCAACCCUGCUUAUGGACU